GCCAUUCAGCCGCCCAGCUCAACUGUACUGUACAGUAGGGCAAAAAAUGAUGGUCGAUCCAAAAAGGUGAAUGAACAAUGAAAAAAAGGGCUGAGAGUGGCUGCAAACGGCAACUGAUCUAUGAAUUGAAUGAAUGAAUGAACGAACGAGUGACCGUCGAGUUUCGGCUCAUCCCAUCUCCCGACCAGGGUCAGGGCGGAGAACGGGACAGGACCUAUGACGAUAAGGGCCCAUGGGACGCGAAUGGAACCCGACGAGUCACAACGCGACACCACGCAGGGAAAAGGCCUCACGACCUUUCUGGUCUCUCUCUAUCUGCAUGUGCAUUCGCUCAGGUCCUUGCAGAUUUCGUGCAGCGAUUCGGCCAUAUUUAUGAAUCCUCAAGGAAGGAAAUAAAAAGAAAAGAAUGCAGACUUUAUUGCCUAGGGUUGUUCAACUACCAGAGGAUAUUUGGUUGGGUUGGGUCCGUCGACGGUGGAUGUAUCCACUGCAUGGCCCUGGGAUUAACACCUUCUCUGUAUUGGCAAGGUCGUACACCCGAUAGAACAAUCCAAUUCCAACCUGAAUGCUGGAUACCAAGACAAUACCAAUACUAG